GUUUGUUUGUUAAAUAGAUGACUCAAUACCUCUUAAAGAAGAUGAUUAAAUGGAUCAGUAUACAGACGGUACCUGGAAGUUGAAAUUAAGGAUAUAGUAUAAGUUGAAUUGACUUUUGCUUGAUGUAAGCUCUUACAGGUAAACUAAAAAAAGGCUGCAUGAGUGAGGCGUUGUUUUGACGUUCUAGUUCAAAAGCGCUUCAUGAACUCUUGCUCCCUUUUCCUCCAUUUUGUGCCUGAACAUUGAGCUUCGGCAACAAAAGUGCAGUCUAAGGUCGAAAAUAAGUUCUUGUAGUCGGGAUCUAAAUACAUUACUUUAAAAACUGCGCUGGGAUUUUAAAAAAAUAAUUUUUCGAAACUGAAAGUGGUGCCUUUCGCGCCCUUGUGAAUUUUGACGCUGGACAUCAGGCAUCACUGAGGGAAAACUCGUUAGCAUCAACUCCGACUGAGCGGGGGGAAAAAUGGAGGAGCAGUUCAUUGGAGAAGAUCCUACUAUGAAGAUGGAGGAAGACGAAGAGGCGAGUGUGGAAGGACAGAUACAGGCUGUCAGUGAUGGAGGCCACGGAGACAGCGAGGGAUCGAAGAUUGAUGCGAGUAAAAACGAGGAAGAUGAAGGGAAAAUGUUUGUUGGAGGUUUGAGCUGGGACACAACAAAAAAGGACUUGAAAGAUUACUUCGCCAAGUUUGGGGAGGUUGUAGACUGCACAUUAAAGCUGGAUCCUAUGACUGGUCGAUCCAGAGGCUUUGGCUUCGUACUGUUUAAAGAUGCUGAAAGUGUAGAAAAGGUUAUUCAGCAAAAAGAACACAAACUUAAUGGAAAAGUGAUUGACCCAAAAAAAGCAAAAGCCAUGAAGUCCAAGGAACCUGUGAAGAAGAUCUUUGUUGGCGGAAUUUCACCAGACACUCCUGAAGAGAAGAUUAGAGAGUACUUUCAUGCUUUUGGAGAGGUGGAGUCCAUUGAGUUGCCAAUGGAAAACAAAACAAAUAAAAGGCGAGGAUUCUGUUUCAUCACCUUCAAAGAGGAAGAUCCAGUGAAGAAAAUCAUGGAAAAGAAGUACCAUAACAUUGGCCUAAGCAAGUGUGAAGUCAAAGUGGCCAUGUCGAAGGAGCAGUACCAGCAGCAGCAGUGGGGUGGAAGAGGUGGUUUCUCCUCCCGAGGUCGUGGGAGAGGAGGUUUGCUUCUAAACCCGGCUGGAGACACACAUGCCUCUUGGACAUUGUGUGCAUCAGGGCCAAAUCAAAAUUGGAACCAGGGGUACGGAAACUACUGGAAUCAAGGAUAUGGAAAUUAUGGAAACUAUGGCUACAACAAUCAAGGAUAUGGUGGAUACGGGGGCUAUGAUUACUCGGGUUACAACUACUACGGAUAUGGUGACUACAGCAGUAUGUAAUGCUGUUUGUGAAAACGCUGCAAAAACUCUAAGAAAAUAAUACCAGCAGAGUGGUUACGGCAAAUCUCCAAGGCGAGGUGGCCAUCUAAACAGUUACAAGCCUUACUAGCAUACUACAAGCAUAAACUUCAAAACAUACACACAGGUAUGCAGUUGCAUUACUUAACCCAAGCCAUCCUUAGCCAUUAACUUAUGCUACAUUAACCAUCAUAUGUAAUGUAUUUUGCUUAAUUUUUGUUUUUCUUUAAAGUUUUUCACAGCACCCUGGAGUGCUUUACUGUAGUGGUUAACAUAGAGACUUCAGUCUUUUGGCAAUAAUGUAACAGCUGGCUUUUGGCUGUUUCUUGCCUUUAUGUAACAGUAAAAAAAGUUAACAGGUACAGUACUGCUAAAUGGGUACGAGAAAAUAAGGAUUUGCAACGAAAACACACAAAAGAAGAAUGUUGUCUCCUAACUCUGACCUUGUUUGUACCUGCCAGCGGGGACUUCCUUGCAGGCCAUGAGCUGACUUCCCGAUUCUCUCAGGCCCGCUCAAUGCGGACAGGGUACGAGAGGCGUACGCUCUCGAAUGCUCCCAUUUGGUAUGGUCUUCCAACAUCCUGUAUAUGAAUUGUCAAAAAAAACAAAAACAAAAAAACCAGAAAACACAUAACGGAUACAUCAAGCUUUUAUCCUUGCCUUUUUACAUUCUGUUUAAAAUUCAUGGCAUUUGUUUUAUGUAAUACAACACAUUUCUGUAAUUUCGUAAUGUCAUUUUUUACAGGUAAUGGUUAAAUACAACACUGAAAAAAAAAUAACUGUUUACUUUUCAAAGGAUACAGCCUUCUCUGGAUUUUCCAGUGUUAAUAUAUGCACUUUUAAUUUUACAUGUAAUGCUUGCUUUUCUUUAUUUAUAGCUCGUGUAGCAGUAAUAGCCAGUAAUCCAUGAGCUAAAACCUGGUUUGUACUUGGACGCCACUACGUGGGAGAAUUGCUUAAUUUUCAUACUUGUAUUGUGUGUUUUAAUGGCAGCGGUGGAAGAAGUUUGUUAAUUUCAUCUAACAAAUUCUCUUUUUUAAUCUUUUCAAACCUGAGAAAUUUGCCUGAAAUGUUAUUGUGAUUUUUCAUUAAUUAAAGGCUUCAUAUAUGUGUCUGGGCUUAAAUAUAUUACUUAAGCUUAAUGUAUUUGAGAAUUUUUACAAUCAUAAAAUUUUUUACCAGUAUUUCUAGAUUAUUGCAUUUAAAAAAAAUUUUUUUCUCGAGAAACAAGAUACCUACGUUUUUUGUUUAUGAAAUGAAUUAAAAUGCUAAUUUUCUGUCUUUCAGGUGGAGAUUUUUUCGAAGAUUACAUCUGACGCAAACAUCUUUGAGUCAAGGGAGAUGUUUAUUAAGGAGUGUUAAUGAAAAACAUUUUGUUCUUUUUAAUUACAGCUACUGGCCAUGUACAGUAUGCUUUGUCUUUAUCAGCUGCCUGAUAAAGGAUAUUCUAAAGAACAUUUAACAUCAGACUCAGUAUAACAGGCUUUCUCUAGUCAAAAUAAUUUCUUGUUUUGUGUUGAUAUGGUAGAUUAUAUUAGUAGUUUGUUAGUCCAUUGUUUGCAGACAUUGUGCUCCUGGGUCAUUAUUUCAUUUCUAAAUUUCAGUAGUAUUUAUUAGUUACAAUUUGAUGAGUAGAAGUGACAGUAAGUUUAUAUAUAUUUUUUUAGGCUUAGGAGUGUUUUGCUACAGAAUCAUUUAAAUCGUUUAAAUCAUUUAGUGAUACUAUGAACGAAAUAAAAUGUAUAAAUUCUGAAUUA